AUGUCCAAUCACUCCUCUAACCUGAAUCAUCAUAAAAACAACAACAACAACAACUCUUUAACGCCUAGUUUGAAUCAUCAAGUUGAUUUACCAAUUUUAACGACAUUGGGAGAUUUGGAGAACAAACGGCCGUCCAACUCUCAUCAAGCCUCUUCUUCUUCAUGUUCCAACAUUCCCUCAGCUUUUGAUCGUGUGGAUUCUCUUCUUCUUUCUCGAGAAGAAUCACUCCAUUCCACUCUACCUUCUGAUCAUCCACAUGAUGACAAACAAUCAAAUCAUCCUCAUCAUCAUCAUCAUCAUCAUCAUCAUGCGAAGAACACUUCUUCCAUAACAUCUUCUUCAUGUACGACCACCCUCAUAACAGCAACAACGACUUCACCCACCACCACGCAUCAGUCCUUGGAAUCCCUUUCCAACACAUCUUCCAUGUCCUCUCCACCCUGUCUUGAUCAGCAGCUCAGCAGUACAGAAGAAGAAGAAGCACACACCACAAUGUCCAUCAUGAUGGAAACAAACCAAGCAGCAACCAGGACACCACUCGAAACGACCACCACGAUUGAACGAGAGCCCGAAUUGACUGCGAGUACGGCCACGACGACAAAACCUCACACCAGAGUUCCUUCUCAUUCCACAUCCUCUCUUGUUGCAUUGAUGCCAUCAUCCCAUAAUGAUGAUAAUACUGAUCUCUGCGCAGUUUCCAUGAGAACUUGUCUGGAAAUCAAUCGAAUGCAUGAUGAAACUCCCAAUCAGCGCCAUACAACGUCGCCACUACAUGAUGAUUCAUCCGUAGCUACUCAAACUUUGACGUUAAACACAACACUUUCAUCCACUCUUCCUUCCAAUCACAACUCAACAACAUUGGUAGAAGCUUCAUGCAACAGUUCUUCUACUAGCGCCAACAUGGAUCACAAAACGACCAUUCACGAAAACAGUGAAUGGUCACCUCUAGUCUUUUCAGAAGAGACAACACCCGUAACCAACACUUCUCCAUUCACAACUAGUUUAUUCGAAGAUCUUCCUCGAUUCAUUCAGACCAAGUCGAGGACAAAAUUGACACAACUCGAAGAUGACAUGCUGGGAUUGAUACUCACCUACUGCGAUAUUUCUCAAUUUGAGAGUUUGGCAUCGACAUGCCGAUUGUUUUACCACAAAUUUUCUCUGAGCUACAUGUUUCAAGAUGUUUUCACAAAAGUGACAAAACCUUCGAGGAGAAAUGUUUCAUCUAUACCUUCAGACCUGACACAUGUAAGCCCUUUCCUGAAACAAGUUCUACGCCAAAUGUAUCAUCCAGUGAUAUUUGUUCCACUUCGAUGCAUGCAAUUUAAUGCAUACACUCUCUUUAAGGACGCAAUUAUUGAUUAUUGGGUGAAAGAGUAUGGCUUUAGACGUUUAAAUGAUGCUGAGGUCGAGGUCGAUGUGGAUCUUUCCAAACCUAUUCCUUGGCUUGAUGAAUUGGAAAAGAUUAUUAACAGACCUCAAGAAUCGCUAUCUGCUCAAAAACAACAAGAAUCUACGGUCAUUAUUGAGACCAUUGAGAACAGUACUGGUAGUAGCAGUUUUGGUGGUGCUCGCAACACGGCCAAUUCCAAACCAUUUGUGAACGUUAUGGAACCUUCUCAAACAUUGUCAAGGGGAAGAAGAGGAAGUCAACAGGUGCAACAACGUACUGUUAGUAGUGACGACAGCAACAAGUCAAACACCACACAAACAAACAACACUGCAAAUAUUCUUCUCGAACGUUUAAAGACAAUUCUUGAGGUCAGAAAUUCUGCACCACUCUUCAAGUAUCAAACUGUGAGCAACAAGUUUACAGAUGCCAAUGAGAUAGAUGCCACAGAUACACAGAGAAAUGUUCUCAAUAAUAGUACUCGCCAUCUCAUUGUAGUCAAUCAUUGGAAAGCCUUUGACAAGUUUACACUUCAUAUUGACUUUCAGUUUCCCACUCAUGAACGCAAUUUCAGCUUUGUGGAAAUGCCUGAAAUUACUCUCUAUUAUCACAACUUUAGAUCACUCGAUGGUAAUCCAAGAAAGGACCUUAUUGAGAUCUCGUCAGGCUCUGUUUUCAAAGACGGUGUGAAUGGAAAGGUCUACCAAUUUGAUGCUUCGAAAGAGUCAUCAUCUUUACCCACUCAUCAACAUUCUGCCACUCCUCUCGAAUGCAAAAAUCAGUCGUCGUUGUCGACUAGUCACGCCUCAAUUCAUAACCGAUCGAUUCAUUCCCCCAAAUCUCGUUAUUCCAACAAUAACGCGCCUAACAACAACAACAAACCAUCCUCAGCAUCUCUUCAUUCCACCACUACCAUUUCCAAUGCUACCAUUUCCCAGACAACUGUCACCUCUCCCUCUCCUGCCAAUACUUCCAAUAAUCUAAGUAAUUCUAAUCCUCAGAGGUCUGCACCAUCACCACCAGCCAGCAAUCGAAAGUCGUCCCUCCUGCGUUGGUCUUUGAAAUCUUCAACCCCCAACAAUAAUCAAAGCGCUACAAGUGUCACGAAUAGUAACCCCACACAUUCCAUCGACAAUCGCAAAAGAGAUUUGGAAAUGAGGAAUGAGAUUGCUCAAAUUAUUAUGAACUCUUAUGAAACCUCGCAGCACUUUGAUUAUGAUGUUUCAAAGGUUUCUCGAAUGCUACUCUAUUUCAUUUUGCAUGAUUUCACUCCAAGAUUCUUUUCUGAUUACUUUUCUCCAAAGAUUGCCGCAUUGGAAUCCAAAACACAGCAAGCAAAAUUGCAACAUUUGAUGGACAAUUACGAAAAAACAGACCCUGAGCUUGCAAUGGACUUUUUAACAAUCAACAAGAACCAACUCAAGAGCUAUAGAAAUAAGAUGGUCAAGCGACAUACGCACCGAGUGGCUAAACAGCACACGGUUAAAGAUAAUUGUAUUUCACUGGUGAGAAAUCUUACCAAACUGAUGCCCUACGUGAAUUACAAUAGAUUGAGCUUGCAACAGAGAGAAGCUAUUUUGAGAACUUUUCUUCUCAAUCAUGUGAACCCAAACGAUUUUCUUGCAACGAGCGAUCAACUAUUCAUGAGCAGUUCAUUUUCUGGACUUCCAUCGCUCACAACAGAAAAACCUUUCCAUGUUCAGGUCAUGAAUAGAACAUGUCGCAUGAGAGACGAUCAACAUGCACUUCCAUUCUCUCGAUAUCUUGCAAACUUUAUUGAUUUUGAGGAACUUCAAUUACUGGGUGCCAUGAAUGCCUCUCCAGAAAUGCCCUUCUCUGUUUUUCAUAUUUAUUUCGAUGUUCUUUUUAAUGAGAAAAUUGCACACCAUUCGAUUGCUUCCGACUUUCCUCAACAUCCUGUCAACACAGACAAGAUUGUUAUUCAGAGACAUAUUUUAGAAAUACCAACAGAGUUUUCUUUGCGAUGGACAACCUAUCAAACACCCAAAGAAUCCAAAGAUACUUCUAAUCUGAGUACAGCAUCUUCGAGAUCGGUGUGGAAUCCUUUGUGGAAGUUUAUAUCCCUCUUCACAUUUUGCUCUUGUACUUCAGCUUAA